UUCUCUGAUUGCUCUAGGGUUCCUUUUAUAAUCUGUUCACCACUUCUCCCGUUGAAUUCAUCAUCAUCACUGUAUUCGUAACUUCUUCCUUUGACUUCAUAUGGUCCAGGUUCUGUUUUCUCUUUUCUGAUUCCAAGCUCAGCAUGAUUCGAUUGAAGUUGAAAACCCCUCAAAUUUCAUUUCGUUUUGACUCUCACAGACUUUAAGCUUACAGCGAUUUCCGUGUUAAAGGUACGAGCUAUUAUUUGUUAGGGUUUUGAAGUUUGAAUUGGUAUGGUUUUUGAAAUGAAUGUAGUUUGGGGUAUUUUGAGGUUGAAACUUUGAUUGAUUGGAGAAAAAGGGGUUUAACGCUUGUUUUCCCGGGGAAGAUGAUUAAGCAAAUACUAAAUAAGCUUCCUAGGAAGCCAUCUUCGAAAUCCUCACACAAUGAUGAAGGGAACAAUGCAAUGGAUUCUGCUGCUAUAAAUUCGACUGGUAUGGGUGUUAAUGGCGGUUCUAAGAGCAAUUCAUCGUCUGGUAGAAGCUCCAAUUUGAGUUCGUCUAAAUUGAAUGAUGAAGCUAGUAAGAAAUUAGGUACUCUUGGGGCGACCCAGGUGGUGCAGGCAUUGAAUCAUGCUUCUUAUGAAGCAUUGCCUAGUUUUCGAGUUGUAUCUAGUUCAGAAAAACACAAUCUAUUCAUCAAGAAGUUGAAUAUGUGUUGUGUAGUGUUUGAUUUUAGCGAUCCGUCCAAGAAUUCCAAAGAGAAAGAUGUUAAGAAACAGACAUUGCUCGAGCUCGUUGAUUAUGUUUCAUCGGUUACCUCAAAAUUCAACGAGGUUACAAUGCAAGAAAUGACGAAAAUGGUGGCUGCUAAUUUGUUUCGAUCUUUGCCAAAUGCUAAUCACGAUAACAAGCUUCCGGAUUUAUAUGAUCAAGAAGAUGAUGAAUUUAGUAUGGAUCCAUCAUGGCCACAUCUUCAAGUUGUCUAUGAAUUCCUUCUUAGGUUUGUAGCUUCAUCAGAAACAGAUGCUAAACUUGCCAAAAGAUAUAUCGAUCAUGCUUUCGUGUUGAAAUUGCUUGAUCUCUUUGAUUCCGAAGAUCAGAGAGAAAGGGAGUAUUUGAAGACAAUCCUGCAUCGUAUAUAUGGAAAGUUCAUGGUUCAUCGUCCGUUCAUCAGGAAAGCGAUCAACAACAUCUUCUAUCUCUUCAUUUUUGAAACUGGGAAGCACAAUGGGAUAGCUGAAUUGCUUGAGAUUUUGGGUAGUAUAAUUAAUGGGUUUGCUUUGCCUCUGAAGGAAGAACAUAAGCAAUUUCUUGUUCAUGCUUUGAUCCCACUCCACAAGCCCAGAUGUUUGUCGACAUACCAUCAGCAACUCUUGUAUUGUGUUGGUCAGUUUGUCGAGAAAGAUUUCAGGCUGGCGGAUACGGUGAUUAGAGGAUUACUGAAAUAUUGGCCCGUAACUAAUAGUUCGAAAGAGGUGAUGUAUCUUAGUGAAUUGGAGGAGAUUCUUGAAGCUACACAGGCUGCGGAAUUUGAACGGUGCAUGGUCCCUUUGUUCCGUCAGAUCGGAUACUGCCUCAAUAGUUCGCAUUUCCAGGUGGCAGAACGUGCAUUAUUUCUAUGGAAUAACGAGCAUAUAAGGAAUCUAAUAACUCAAAACCGCAAAGUGAUUCUGCCCAUUAUCUUCUCACCUUUGGAGAAGAACACACGAGGUCACUGGAACCAAGCCGUUCAGAGCCUAACGUUUAAUGUCCGGAAGAUAUUUUCAGACGCUGACGAAUCGCUAUUUGAAGAGUGCCUAGUGAGGUACCAACAAGAUGAAGCCAAGCAGAAGGAAAGCCUCGCAAAGCGACAGUCAACCUGGAGCCGCCUGGAUACCAUAGCUGCCGCUAAAGCUUUGAGCAUCGAGUCUGUGGUCAUCUCAAGGUUUGCCUCGUCUGUCACCAUGACCGCCGCCGCCGCCGCCACCACCACCACCACCACCACCACCGCUAUUUCAUGAACUGGUGCCAGUUGAAUUUACCAUCAUUGAUCAAGGUUGACUUUUGCAGAAAGGCACUUGAUUUGAUCUUGAAAGCUUGGGGUUAAUAUGAAGGUUUUACUCUUUGUAUCUCAUUUUGUUUUUGUUUUUGUUUUUGGUUCAUUCCUUGUGUGUUGUAUGGUCUUGGAGGUGUUUGUGAUAUAAAAUUAUUGUUAAAAAAUGAG